AUGUGCAAAACUCCAAGCGGAGCUUCGGUACAAAGAGCACGUGUCGAAAGAAGAGCUCUACGUUUUCGAGGGAACGAGGCAGCCACUGCUCGGACGGCAAACAAUGUGCCGUUGAGGAUCGUUGGAAUCGAUCUUCAAGAUUUUUGCCACGUGUCGGAAAAGAAGGUUGACUGCAAGAAGCAGUUGAAGCCAUUGCUGCUGAAGCAUGCUGAAGUAUUCGAAGGUGAGUUGGGCUGUUUCAAGCAUGGCAAGGUGCAUUUGUCCCUGAAAGAGGAAGCAGUUUCUAGGUUCUGCAAGCCAAGAAAGGUUCCGUUCGCGUUCAAGGAGAAGGUGGAAGCGGAACUGGAUCAACUGGAAGAAUCCGGCAUUAUUUCGAAAGCGCCAUCAUCAGAAGCAGAAUGGGGUACACCGCUAGUCCCCGUUCUGAAGAAAGAUUCGUCCAUCAGGCUGUGUGCAGAUUAUUGGAUCACGGUCAACCCGUUUUUGGUGGACAACCGUCACCCUUUCCCGGUGAUAGACGAGAUUUUUGCGGCGCUGCAAGGAGUUAAAUAUUUUUCGAAGCUCGACCUGAAGAACGCCUAUUAUCAGCAAGAGGUGGACGCAGACACAAGGCAUCUGCUAACUUGGAGCACGCACAGAGGUGUGUACCUGAUGAACCGGCUGCCAUUCGGAACCAAGACAGCCUGUGCCAUUUUUCAAGCGACGUUGGAGAAAGUUCUACAAGGCUGUCGUGGCACAGUCAGUUACCUGGAUGAUGUUAUGGUGUCAGGUAGAACCGUGGAAGAACACCUGGAAAACCUGAAUGCUAACGCGACUCAAGGAAGCGGGAUUUGUACAGAACAUGCAGAAGUGUGA